AUGAUCACGAUACGAUCACCAAAGGGACAUGCGAUCAGUACAUCUGGUCUCAGGACCGCCAUGAGGUCCGGGAGAGAGGAGAGCUGGGUUGUGGAGGAGACCAGGGGAGAAGAGAAGUGGUCAUCAACUUUUUCCUCCCAGCCGGGGUUCGUCGGAGAUGCCGAGAUCGACGUCGCGAGCAUCCCCGAUAGGAAGAAGAAGAAUCUCUCGACGAAUCAGAGCGUGUGGAAGGAGGCGCACGAGAAGUUCCAGCACAUGGUUGAGGCGGAGAUGUAG